AUGACAGGAUAUCUACCUGAAGAAGUCCUAGAACAAAUCCUUCACUGUUUGCCCCCAAAAGCUAUAGUCAAAUGCACCCUAGUCUGCAAAUCAUGGAUGUCUAUGAUCAAAAGCUCUGACUUCAUUCACAGCCACCUCCGCCGCACGGUCCAAACCAGUCACCUCCGUCUCCUCAGGUCAGUCGACGUGGAGCAAAACCACCGUGACUUCUUCUCCUUGCAUUGGGAAAGCCCUGAAUGCAGUGAGUACACUAAGCUCGAAAGCCCGUUCCGUUUUAUUACAAAUGAUGAGUACGGGCUCGACGACGCUAAUUAUUGGCCAAUAUUGAAGGAGAAGACUACCCCUAGAAUCGAUGUGGUUGGAACUUGUAAUGGACUUAUAUGCCUUGCUGAUUUUUUGUGCCUUAUUUGGAACCCAUCAAUUAGAAAGUAUGUGGUUUUGCCUAGAACAACUGCUACCCAAAAGAAGGAUUUGACUAAGGUUAUCAAAAGUUUCGGGUUUGGUUACGAUCCUCGGAACAAGAACUACAAGCUAAGUGAUAGCCUUGAACAUAGGCAUGUUUCUGUCAAUGAUGCUGUGCAUUGGUUGGUUUUACGGCGAGAGAAGAACAAGGACAAUGCCAUUGUUUGUUUUGAUCUGGAGGGUGAGACAUUCGCUGAGAUGGUGGCGGCGGAUGCUUUGAGGAGAGAGUUAUGCUAUAUUUCGAAGUAUAGGGAGUGGCUUGCCUUGAUGAUCCGGUGUAAACUUAUAGGACAAGAGCCGACUAGUUCUGGUUUUUUCAUGUGGGUAAUGAACGAGUAUGGUAUUGCAGAAUCAUGGACUAUAUAUGUUGUUCAGUGUACUUCUGCUAGGAUUUACAUACGACCCGCUUAG